AUGGACGGCGGUGAACACGACAUCCCCGAGUACUGUAGCACUCGAGAGUUCGCACUCGCUAGAAACAGCCUCGGUAUCAGCGCAACGGAUCACCCCACUGCGACUGACUCUCUCGAGCCCUUUCCUCGAAAUUUCCCAGCACACAAGCGUAUUAUCGGAACGCGCUUUAUCGUGGACGGUUUCCGCCACGCGGGGCCGUGGUCGCGAUGCUAUUUGCUCACGCACUUCCACGCGGACCACUACUGCGGCCUUUCCCCCUCUUGGCGCGCGGGGGUGAUUUUCUGCUCCCCCGUCACUGCGCGUCUCCUCUCCGAGGUGCUCGGGAUUCCCCCCGCGUGGGUGCGCGCGCUCCCCUUGCGCGCGCCCGUGGCGGUGGAUGGCGCGCGCGUGGUGCUGCGGGACGCGCACCACUGCCCGGGGGCUGUCAUGCUGCUGUUCCGCAUUCCGCCUGCAGGGGGGGACGUGGGGGGAAGCACGGCGGAGGAGCGGGGGAGGCAGGGGGGGAGAGGGCAGGGGAAGUUUCUGGCGGAAGGCAGGCGAAAGUCCAAAGAUAGCGCAAAAGGGGAGAUGGGGGGAGGAGAGAGGAUGGAAGGGGAUCCGCGAGGGGGAAAGGGGGAAGGGGAGGGGGGAUCAGAGGAGCAGGGGGAGCGGGGGGAAGUGAAGUGGCGGAGAGUGGUGCACACAGGGGAUUUCCGGCUGAGCCCAUGCAUGCUUGGGGACCCUGUGAUGCAGGCGAUGGUGGGCGCAGAUGCAGUGUAUCUGGACACCACGUACUGCCACCCGCGCCACGUGUUCCCCCCCCAGAGCGACGCCGUGCAGUAUGUGGCGCAGAUGGUGCGGAGAGUGCUGGGGGAAGGGGGGGAGAGGGGGAGAGGGAGUGAGGUAAGAGGGAGAGAGGAUGGAGGAGGAGGUGAGGGCCUGGGAGGUGGCUUGGAUGGGGGAGAGGAGGAAGGGGAGGAGGUGGGGGUUGGGGUGGAAGGAGGGGACGGGAUGGAGGGAGGGGGCGGCGAAGGAGAUAGGGGUGGAAAGAAACAUGGGGAGAACGAGGCAGAGGGAGAGGCAGAGGGCGUCAGGCAAAGGGGAUGUGGCGAGGUGAGUGGGAUCUCAAGAGCAGCAGAGGCAGCAGAUGCAGCAGACACAGUAGAGGGUUGUACAGGGAAAGCAGCAGGCACAGAGCAGGGUGUCGAUUCCAUGGAUGUUGCACAAGGGAGAGGAGUCGGAGCGGCAACAGCAGCAGCGGCAUCAGUGGCGGCGGCAUCAGCAGAGGAGCAGCAGCGCAAGCCACACAGCAACGACCGAGUGCUAAUCCUCGUAUCCACCUACGUGAUAGGCAAAGAGAAACUCCUCCUCUCCACAGCCUCCCACUGCCACACCCGCAUUGUCGUCGACCCAGCCAAGCUCAACACUCUCCGCUCCCUCGACCUAACCCCAGCAGAACUCGCAGUGUUCACCACGGAUCCUGCGGCCAGUCCCGUGCAUGUGGUGCGCUGGGGGGUUCUGGGGGACGUGUGGCCGUUCUUCCGGCCGAAUUGGCGGAAUAUGGAGCGGCUGGGUAGGGAGCGGGGGUGCGGGAGGGUGGUGGGGGUGGUGCCGACUGGGUGGAUGUAUGAGAUGAAGCGGGAAGGGUUUCCGGUGAGGAGGAAGAGUGUGGUAGUUGGGGGAGAGGAGCGGGGUGUGGGUGUGGAGGCAGAGGAGGGGGCGGUGGGUGUGGGGGGAGAGGAGGCGGGGUUGGAUAUGGGGGAAGUGGGCGUGGGCAUGGGCACGGGAAAGGGGACGGGAGGGAUGGAGGCGUUGGAAAAGGGUGUGAGCAUGAGCAGCAGUGGUAUGGUAGACGGGAGGGACAUGGGCAUGAGUGAUGGGGGUAAGAGCAUGCGGGAAGACCGCAGCAGCAGGGGCAUGCGCAUGGACCUGGAGAUUCACCUGGUGCCAUACAGUGAGCACUGCAGCUUCUCUGAGCUGCGCUCCUUCCUCUCGUUCCUGCGCCCCCACCGCAUCAUCCCCACUGUCAACACGGGUGAGACAGCACGCCCCGGUACAAAUCAGCUGCAUCAUCUGAGAGGUUUGGUGGAUGAGUCGGCAUGUAAGCAGCGGUUUUUGGCUGGGUUUGGAAGGCGGAGAGAGGGGCGAGGAGGGGUGGUGGUGGGGGGAGAGAGUGAGGGAGAAGUGGAGAGAGGGGGUGGGGGUGUCGGAGGGGGAGAGGAAAGGGGGGGAGGAGGUGAGGGUUUGGGAGGGUGUAUGGUUGAGUCAGGUUGGGAGGAGAGAGGAGAGGAAAAGAUAGAAGAUGAGGGAGAGGAGGGCGGGGAGAUGAGAGAGGAGAAAAAGGGGCAAGCAGAGGGGUUGUUCUCUUUGGAAAGAGGUGCUGGUGAUGUGUGUGGUGAGGGGAAGGCGGAGAGAAUGGAAGAAGGGGAGGGUGGAGGGGAAGUGUGCGGUGGUAAGGGUGGAGGGUGUGUGGAGGAGUUAGACCAGGCGGGUCCUGCUGACGUGGCAACGUUGCACGACGAUGUGGCGGUUUCUGACGGGCUACUACCAGCCGCGAAGCGGCGGCGGUUGGAGCCGUGUGGGGCUGGUAGCGACAGCAACGGUGAUGUUACGACUUGCACAAGCACGAGGUCCCGGACAGAGGCAGGAAGGAAAUCCGUGGGCAAGCAGCAGAGAGGAGGGGGUGCGGCGGUGGCGAGGGUAGGGGGCACGCAGCGAAGCAUCAAGCACUUCUUUGGCUCCUCCUCAGCAGCAGCACCAUCGUUACCGUGCUCAGUUGACACAGUGGGGCUGGAACGUGCAGCAGAGGAGUGCAGUGCGGUGCAGAUGGUGACCAGCACGCCUCCUGCUGCUACCCAGCCUCUCACCACCGCUCAAGUUAAUGGCUCCUCUGAUCACCCCCCUUCGCCCGUUCGUCCUGCUGCUCCUGCGCGGCUGCGUGCGGAGGGGUGCAGUGCGGUGCAGAGGAUGGUGGCGGUGGGGCUGCCGGGGCUGACGGCUGCAGUGGCGGUGAGGUUGCUGAAGGCGCAUGGGGGGGAUGUGGGGAGAGCCAUGGAUGCCUUUCUGAUGCAUGUGGAGGGCGCGGGGGGAGGGGCAGGGAGCAGGGGAGAGGGAGGAGCAGGGGGAGGAGCAGGGGUAGGAGUGGGAAGAGGAGAGGGGGAAGUGGGAGAGGGAGGAGAGGAAGUGGGAGGAGCGAGAGAAAGAGAAGCAAGAGAGGGAGAGGGAAGAGCAGGAGAGGGAGAGGGAAAGCGAGGAGAGGGAGAGGGGAAGGGAGGUGAGGGAGAGGGGGGGACAGGAGAGGGAGGAGAGGGAGAGAGAGGCGCGAGAGAGGGAGGAGAGGAUGAUAGGAAGUGUUUAGAGGAGGAGCGAGGGGGAGCUGAAGGGGUUGGAGAGAAGGCGCUAGGUGAAGUUUCUUGUGGGGUGGAAGGAAGACGAGGAGAAACGGAGGGGGAGCGGGUGGAAACGAGGAAAGGGGACAGGGUAGGCUUGGAGGCUACUGUAGUGACCAAUGCAGCGGUGCUUGUGCAACCAGCAAGGUUGCAGGAUGUUGAAUGUGCAGCAGCCACAGCAGCAGCAGCAGCAGCAGCAGCAGCAGCAGCAGCAGCAACUGAAUCAGCAGCAGCAACCCCAGCAGGGUCAGCAGCAGCAGCGCCAGUGAAGUCAAGAGUGUCAACAGCAGCAGCAGCAGCAGCAGCAGCAGCAGUAGCAGCAGCAGCAUCUAGUGGGAAGGGUACAGUACCACCUGUGGCGCUCGGUGUUGCAGCCUUUGAUCCCGUCACACAUGCGGGGUGGGAGGAGGGAGCGGCAGCGCCCUACAUGCAUCUGGCAGUGGCGUUCGAUGCAGUGGAGAGGGAGAGUGGGCGCAUCAAGUCAAGCGACAUUCUCACCAACACCUUCAGAAGCCUCUUGGCACUCUCGCCCAAUGACCUGCUGCCAGCCGUCUACCUCUGCACCAAUCGCAUCGCUCCCGACUUUGUCAAUGCUGACCUGAACGUGGGAGGGGGUACUGUGGCUGGUGCCGUGUGUGAAGCAACAGGCAUGAAGAGGCAGCAGCUGCGACUCAUGUACACACGCAUGGGCGACCUUGGCGAUGUGGCUCACGCAUGCCGCUCCUCUCAGCGCUUGCUGCGCGCCCCCCAGCCCCUCACCAUCCACCGCCUAUUCCAUGCUCUGCGCGCCCUCAGGUGA